UAAAAACGUUUUUAUCAAAAUAAAAACUUCAAUAUUUUUUGGAUCUUUGCAUUUGCGAUCCCAAUAGAAAAUACUUCUAAGAAAUUAUUGCUUCUGCUUAAUAUAUUUAACACGGAAUAAAUAAUUUCUGAAACGGCUGUUUCAUUCCUUAAUUGCGUAUUUUAGUAGUCGUAAAAUUUUUGACAUGGAUUUGAAAUUAAUUACUUGUGCUGAUUCAUUUCGUAACUUUCAUUUUACUGAUGAAACGGAUCUUAUUUAUAUGAGUUGCAGCUCCUCUGACAGUUUAUGCGAUGCAGAUGAAUUGCAUUCUUGUGAUCAUAACUGCUGCAGUAUUAAAAUAAAAGAAAGUCUUCACUCAAGUUGUGGAAUGAAUGUAUGGCCCUCAGCCCCCAUAUUAGGAAAAUAUAUUUGGCAUUAUGGGCAAAGAUUGAAAGGUAAAAAUGUCUUGGAGCUGGGUGCUGGAACUGGAUUGAUAUCGAUCUUGGCAGUAAAAUGUGGAGUUGCUGAAUGCAUUGUUACUGAUUCAUCCACUGAUGCACUAAAGGUUGCUCAUGAAAAUUUAAUUCUAAAUAACUGUAGCAACUUCACCUUGCAAGUGUUACCAUGGGGUUACUUAAGUCCAUUCCUUAUUUCACAUGGAACUAUUGAUUUAGUUCUGGGUUCUGAUGUAUUUUAUGAUCCUCAAGAUUUUGAAGAUAUUAUUGUCACUGUCUCCUAUGUCCUAAAGAAAAAUACUGAUGCUGAGUUUUGGUGUGCUUAUGAAAAAAGAUGCUCUGAAUGGAAUAUCCAACAUUUGCUAGAAAAAUGGAGACUUUGUUGUGAAGAAAUUAAUCUAGAUAGUUUUGGUGCAGAAGGAACUAAUGUUGCUGAUUCUAAUCUUCCAGGCAUGAAAGAAAUACGUUUAUUUGUGUUCCGUUCUGAACAGACCAAGAAUAGUGAACUUGGUUGUUUGUAGAAUUUUUAUAGGAAUGAUUCAUUAACUUUUAUUGAUGAGUGUAAUCAAAGAAAUGAUAGGUGAUAUUAUUACUCUUUGUGUUUCAUUUUGACUGAUUCAAGAAUAGUCCGGACUGAAGUUUGUGGAAUUUUUUAUGAUUCAUUUAAAACUGUUACUAGCUUUUAUCAAUGAAUGGAGGGAAAAAAGAUAAGUGAUAUUAUUAAUCUUUAUUUGUGUGUCCUUUUGACUGAUUCAAGAAUAUUUCAGACUGAAGUUUGUAGAAUUCUUUUAUGAAUGAUUUUCUAAUUGUUACACGAAAAGAAGUGCCAACUAUUACGAUUUUAUUGUUAAGAUUACUGUCUUACCACAGAGAAACUAAAAUUACAGUUUUCGAGAAUUUCUAUAAUAAUCUGUUUAAAAUAAGGUUUUUUUGCCUAGAUUUAUACUAACAAAAUUUAUGAGAUUUUAUUUCUUGCAACUAAUCUAUAAUUUUUUCCCGCUCUUUAAACAAUUCUGAAAAUAAUUUUAAAAAAAGGGAUGUUGUGGAAACAAGAAAUCUCAUCUCUCUCCUUUCUAACAAACUAUUCUGAAACUAAAUCUUCUCUUGUUGUAGACAAGCACAAAAAACAUAUAGUCCAAUCAGAAAAAUGAUGUGAGCAAAAAUGUUUAGUGAUUCAAAUGCAAGAGGAUAAACCAUUGGAUGAUAAACAUCUGUUGGCUAUAAGAUCUAUUUCUAAUUUAACCGAAAACUAAAACAUUAAAAGUUAUAUUAAAUUUUAUACUGAGUUAUAAAAAUUGUUCAUAAUUUCAUUGUUUCAUAAUUUUUAAUUUAGUUCCUUUAUCUAAUUGUCACUUUUUUUUAUUUAAUAUUAAAUUCAUGCAUAAUUUUAUCAAUAUUACGUACCUAUAUAGAAUUAAGUAGUAUAUGCACCUUAUAAUUGCCUAAUUUGAAUUUUGCAAGUGCAAAUAAUUGUGUUAUUGUACUUCUGUGGGUAGUUUGGAAAGAAUUAAUAUACCUUCAACAUGAAUAUGGGUACUUUACUGGCAAGCAUCAGAUGAAAAAAUAAAGAUCCUUUUGAUAAAAUAAUAACAGUAAAAUGUGUUUUGAUUUAAUACAGAUAAUUGUUUAUAGCAGAUCAUUCAAUUUAAAAAACGAAAAUAAAAAUUUACGUAAUUUUUUAUACUUUUAAUGAAAUUUUGAGUAGUGAGAAUAAUAAGUAUAAUCUUUCAAAAAUAAUAAAUAACUUUAAAAAACUUCAAAGAAACUUACAUAGCAUUUUUACUCCAUACAAAGUGAAAAGUACUUUUUUUUUAAAAGCAAUACAAAUGUAAGUGAUGAAAAUGUGUAUCAUUGCAGUUGUCAAUAUAUUUUUGUGAAUGAGUUUUUUUUAUAAAAAAUGUCAUAUUUUGGAGCUUAAAUGUUACUGUUGUAAAAUAUUUUUAGAGGAUUUUGUAAGACAUAUUUGGUGUUGCAUUACUCAUUAAUGUGACUAUAAAUAUUGAUUGUGUAGAUUUUAUUUUUAAAAUAAAAUAUAAUUAACAAUGAAA